AUGAAAGAACUGAACUCUACUGAAUGCAGAUAUGUCAUGUACUUUAACAUCACUGUACUUCUUGAUUUGCAGGGAGAUUAUGUUUGGGUAGAUUCUGGUACUGGGGUCCCCAUUGGUGCGGAGGUCAAACUGACAGACACUGGCCAGCUCAGUCUGAUUGAUGAUGAAGGAAAGGAGCUGAAACUCAACAAAGACAACAAGGAUACAAUCCGGCCCAUGCACCCCACCUCUGUGACUGGAGUGGAUGACAUGAUUCGCCUGGGGGAUUUCAAUGAAGCCGGGCUCCUCCGUAAUCUCCUGAAAAGACACAGAGAAGGCAUCAUUUAUACCUACAGCGGUUCCAUCUUAGUAGCAGUUAAUCCCUACCAGCUGUUGCCCAUAUACACGGCAGAGCAGGUGGAGCUCUACACCGAUCGGCGGCUGGGGGAGCUGCCCCCACACGUCUUCGCCAUCGCUGACAAUUGCUUCUUCAACAUGCGCCGAAACCAGAAGGACCAAUGCUGUGUCAUCAGUGGGGAGUCAGGGGCAGGAAAGACGGAAACUACCAAACUGAUGCUACAGUUCCUGGCUGCUGUGAGUGGCCAACAUUCCUGGAUCGAGCAGCAGAUCCUGGAGGCCAACCCCAUUUUGGAAGCUUUCGGAAACGCAAAGACAGUUCGCAAUGACAACUCUAGUCGCUUUGGGAAGUACAUCGACAUUUCAUUCACCAAAAGUGGUGCAAUCGAUGGCGCUCGGGUGGAGCAGUACCUGCUGGAGAAGUCCCGUGUCUGUCGCCAGGCUCCAGAAGAGAGAAACUACCACAUCUUUUAUUGUAUGUUGAUGGGGAUGCCAGCUGAGCAGAAGAAGAUUUUACAAUUGGGAAAGUCCUCAGAAUACAAAUACCUCACUAUGGGUAACUGCACCAGCUGCGAAGGACGUGAUGACGUCAAAGAGUACGCUAACUUCUGUUCUGCUAUGAGGAUCCUGAUGUUCACAGAAAAUAACUCCUGGGAGAUUUCCAAGCUACUAGCUGCAAUCCUUCAUCUGGGAAAUGUGGACUUUGAGGCUACAAUUUUGAACAACCUGGAGAGUUGUGACAUCCUUAACUCUGCUCAUUUCAAUAUGGCUGCCAAGUUGCUGGAGGUGGAUAUGAAGGCACUAGACUGCAGUUUGACGAAGCGUUCUGUCAAAACCAACAGGGAGAAUGUUUCCAAACCACUGAGUUCAGCACAGGCCAUAGACGGCAGGAAUGCAUUUGUCAAGGCUAUUUAUGGAAGGCUGUUUGUGUGGAUUGUGGAGAAAAUUAACAGUGUCAUUUAUAAGCCUCCACCCAUGGAUUCUAAAGUCACCCAUCAAUCUAUUGGCUUACUGGACAUUUUUGGCUUUGAAAACUUCAGUACAAAUAGCUUCGAGCAGCUCUGUAUCAACUUUGCCAAUGAACAGUUGCAGCAGUUUUUUGUGAAGCAUAUCUUCAAGCUAGAACAGGAGGACUACGCCCGGGAGAACAUCGCAUGGAAGCACAUUGACUUCAGUGACAACCAAAAUACGCUAGAUGUGUUGGCCAUCAAGUCCCUCAACGUUCUGGCACUCAUCGAUGAGGAGAGCCACUUUCCCAAGGGUACAGAUACCACCCUGCUGAACAAAAUGAACCAGGUUCAUGGGAAAAGCAACAUCUACAUCCCCCCUAAGAACAACCAUGACAUGCAGUUUGGCAUCCAGCAUUUUGCUGGAGUUGUCCACUACAAUUCCACAGGUUUCCUUGAGAAGAACAGGGAUGCCCUGAGCUUAGAUAUCCUCCUGCUGUUGGACACCUCCUCCAACAAGCUUCUCAAGCAAAUCUUUGCAUCUGAACUUGCAACAAAUACAACUACAGGCUCCAAUUCCAAGAUGAUUAUUACACCUAAGAACUCCCUGCGGCAAGCGACUGACACCAAGAAGCGAAUCCCCACACUAAGCAAUCAGUUUCGCCAGUCUCUAGAAUCUCUAAUGAAAACCCUCACUGCCUGCCAGCCCUUUUUUAUUCGCUGUAUCAAGCCAAAUGACUUCAAGAAGCCUAUGCUAUUCAACAGGGAACUGUGCAUGCGUCAGCUUCGCUACUCUGGCAUGAUGGAGACCAUUCGAAUCCGAAAAGCUGGAUAUCCCAUCCGGCACACAUUCCUGGAGUUCUUAGACCGGUAUCGUGUGUUGCUCAGAACAGCUAUGUGUGACCCCAAAAGAGAGUCACCAGAGAACUGUUGUCAAUCCAUUUGUCUGUCCGUCCUUGGUGAUAAGGAUGACUGGCAAAUUGGAAAAAGAAAGAUCUUUCUUAAGGACUUUCAUGAUACUGUGUUGGAGCUGGAGAGAGACACAGCGAUGCAUGCAAAGGCCAUCAUCAUUCAGAGAGUCUUGAGGGCCUACAAACACAGGAAGCGAUUUGUGAAACAAAGAAAGGCAGCGAUAGUACUACAAAAACACUGGCGUGGCUACAAUGGCAGAAGACUAUACAGAAAGGUCCAGUUGGGUUUUGCCCGCUUGCAGGCUACAGUCCAUUCUCGAAAGCUGCACCUUCUGCACAAGCAGAAACGAGCAGCCUCUAUCACUCUGCAGAAGCAUGUAAAGGGCUAUCUUGCAAGGAAACAGUGGAAAUGCAAGCAGGAGGCUGUGAAAGUGCUGCAGGCCCACACCAGGGGCAUGUUGGCAAGAAAGGCCAUUAAGAAGAUGAAGAAGGAUGCCUUCCUGUCUGCCCAAGAGCGCAGAGCUGAGGAGCUGGCUGCCAUCGAGAGGCAGAAAAGGCUUGAGGGGGUGCUCAGACAGAAGAAGGAGGCUUCCAAAGCAGAAUCUAUCACUGAUCAGGAGAUGGUAGACAAUAUCUUUGGUUUCUUGCCUAGUGUGGUUGGAGGGCAGGAGGGACAAGCACCAGUGGGAUUUGAGGACUUGGAGAGCAAGAGAGCAGUGCUAGAGGAGGUGGACCUCGAUGAUGCCCCUAUGAUAAAGGACUUUCCAGAAGAAGAUUAUGAUGAUCUUGCUGAGUAUUCUUUCCCCAAGUUUGCUUCCAUGUACUUCCAAGGUUCCAGCACAUCCAGCUAUGUCCGUCAAAGACUACGCCAGCCCCUGCUGUUUCACGACAAUGAAAGCGAUAUAACGGCAUCUCUUACAGUGUGGUGGAUCAUACUUAGAUUUAUGGGAGACCUUCCAGAGCCUAAGCUGAAGGGCGCCCUCCCCGUGUCCAGACUGUCUGUACAACAAAAUGUGAUUCCUAGAGAAACAAGACGUCUCAGCAACUUGGUUGGCCUUGAUCAGAAAAUAUUAAGAAGCAAAAAAAACAGGAAAUCCUCUUCAGUUCCAGAGGAGGUGGUUCUGGGUAGGAAGGCCUCUGCAAUUCCAGAAGAGGCUCGGAACAGAAAGCCUUCUUUGCUCUCUGAACUUCUGACAAGAAGCCGAAAACCCUCCACCAUUCCUGAGGAAGUACCAAAGAGCAGAAAACUCUCCUCGAUACCGGAAGCUCAGACACAGAAGAAAAAACUAUCCCUUAUUCCUGAAGAGGGAAUACGGAACAGAAAAUCAUCUGUGAUCCCAGAGGAGCUAGAAGAACAAGAAUCUACAAAACCCACAAUGGCUGCCGUGAAAGAGGAGGAAGUCGUGCUAUCUGAGCAAGGCACAACCCUGGAUCGACCUCUGACAUCCCUGGAAAAAAUUCAUAUCAUUGUGGCAUAUGCUAUAGUGAGGCGUGACCUGAGGGAUGAGAUAUAUUGCCAGAUCUGUAAGCAACUCACAGACAAUGGCAACCGCAACAGUUACUUCCGGGGAUGGAUUCUUCUGUCAAUCUGCCUCGGCAUCUUCCCCCCCACUGACCGCUUUAUAAAGUACCUCCAAAACUUCAUUCGCAAUGGCCCUGUUGGUUAUGCUCAGUAUUGUGCUGAUCGACUUCGGCGCACCUUGGCUAAUGGCCUGCGUGGGGAACCUCCUAGCUGGUUAGAACUGCAGGCUACAAAGACCAUGAAGCCAAUGGCGAUAUCUGUGACUCUGAUGGAUGGGCGCACUCUCAGCCUAGCUGUGGAUUCAGCCUCUACUUCAAAAGAAAUAUGCGAAACCCUCGCACAAAAAGUCAAAAUCAAAGACAUCUUUGGAUUUUCACUCUAUGUCGCCUUGUAUGAUAAAGUAUGGUCACUGGGCAGCGGCAAGGAACAUGUGAUGGAUGCAAUCUCUCAGUGUGAGCAAGAGGUGAGGAGGCAGGGCGGUCAGGAACAGCAUGCGCCAUGGCGUCUCUACUUCCGCAAGGAGAUCUUCACUCCCUGGCAUGACUCCAAUGAGGACCCAGUCAGCACUGACCUCAUCUACAGGCAGAUCAUCCGUGGCCUGAAGUUCGGGGAGUAUCAGUGUGACAAGGAGGAUGAAUUAGUACAACUAGGAGCCAAACACUUCUAUGUACAGUAUGGUUCAAGCAGCAGUCAAGAUAGUGCAAAGAAUGUGGUUCAAGACUGUAUCAAUAAUUCUUUGCUUGCAGCAAAAUCUGAAGAGAAAUGGUUACAGAUGAUUAGCUCUGCACAUCUUAAGGGUUCAUACAUAAACUCACAGAUGAACCCUGCUGUUGCCAAGGCCGAAGUUGUUGAUUAUGCUCGUUUUAAAUGGCCUGUGUUCUUCUCCCGGUUCUUUGAAGUCAUCAGAUCUUCAGGUCCUGCUUUACCAAAAAACAAAUUCAUCAUUGCCAUAAACUGGACUGGGAUACUCUUCUUAGAUGAAAGGGAGAGGAAACUUCUGCAGCUUUCCUACCCUGAGGUUACAGGAGUCAACACGAUGAGGGAUGGGAAUGAAUUUGGCCAAUCUGUAUUUCUCUCCACGCUUAAAGGAGACUUCACUCUCAAUGCUGUCAUGGCUGCAGACAUAGCAGAGCUCCUGUACAUGUUUUUAGGGGGGCUGAGAGAGCGAUCUUUGUAUGCAGUUACUCUGCAGGAAUCCACCAAACAAGAUGACUCUACAUUUCUCAACUACAAAAAAGGAGACCUUAUCUUAAUUAUCAAAGAUGAAGAAUAUUCCUCAAAUCAUGGCUGGAUAAAGGGCAAAAAUGAGCGAACAGGUCAAACUGGGGCUGUAUCCACUGAUGCUGUACUGGUCUUACCCACCCUGAAAAAGCCAACGAAUGAAGUGCUGAGCCUGCUGAACCUGUCCCCAGAUCAGAGGAAGACAAUAAUUCAAACUGCACAGAAGGAUGCUGGAACAGUGGCGAGAGCUGCCCUCUACUCGCUUAAGGACUAUGCAUUCCAGUAUUUCAGGCAGCCUAACAAGGAUGUAAACCAGCACGUGCUCUCCAAGGGAGCUGCUCCAGAGAGGCUGUGGGUUAACUCCAGAGAGCCAAUCAAGCAGCCGCUGCUGAAGAGACUGGCUGGCAGCCCUGAGCUUAGUCACCAGGCCUGCACGGCCUUCACUGCCAUUUUAAAAUACAUGGGAGAUUACCCUACCAAACAAACACAGAAUCCCUUGGAACUCACUGACCAAAUCUUCGGGCCUGCCACGAAGAAUGAAGCCCUGAGAGAUGAGAUAUACUGCCAGAUCAUGAAACAGAUGACUAGCAACAGCAAUAGGUUCAGCCUGGAACGAGGCUGGCAGCUGCUGUGGCUGUGUUGCGGUCUCUUCCCUCCAAGCCAGUCUCUCCUGAAACAUGCCCAGCGCUUCAUAGAAUCUCGGCACCGGGAAGCUUUAGCUCAAGACUGCCUGCAGAGGGUGCAGGCGGCCCUCAGGAUGGAACACAGAAAGCUGCCUCCUCACCAGGUCGAGAUCGAUGCGAUUCAGCAAAACAGCACCCAGAUAUUCCACAAAGUGCACUUCCCUAAUAACACCGAGGAGAUCUUUGAGGUGGGGAGCAGCACCCGAAUCCGGGACCUCAUUCAGAGCAUUGCUGCUCAACUCAAUUUACUCUCAGCAGAUGGUUUCAGCAUAUUUCUAAAAACCCCUGACAAGGUCCUGAGUUUGAAUGAAGCAGACUACUUCUUUGAUAGUCUGAGGCAGAUCACAGACUGGUCAAAGAAUUCCAUGAGAACCAAGGAUGGUGGGGCAAUCAGUGUGACUUACACAGUGUUCUUCAUGAGGAAGCUCUGGUUCAACAUCAGUCCAGGAAGAGAUCUAGAGGCCGACUUGAUCUUCCAUUACCCACAGGAGCUGCCAAAGUACUUACGUGGAUACCACAAGUGCACCAAGGAGGAUAUGAUUAACGUGGCCGGCCUGCUCUUCAGAGCGAAAGUUGACAAUGACAAAUCUCAGUGUGCCACUAUCCCAAAGGUGCUGAAGGAGCUGGUACCCUGUGACCAGCUGAAGGCCAUGUCAUCAGAGGAGUGGAGGAAGAGCAUAGUAGCAUCUUAUAACAAACAAGCUGAUAUGACUGUGGAAGAUGCCAAAGUUGCCUUUUUGAAGAUCAUCUGCCGAUGGCAGACGUUUGGUUGUGCCUUCUUUGAAGUAAAGCAAACUUCUGAGCCUAGUUUUCCAGAUAUAGUACAGAUUGCUAUCAGCAAACAAGGAGUGACAAUCAUCCACCCCAAAACUAAAGACACACUGGCCACACACCCCUUUAAUCGUAUUGCAAACUGGUGCAGUGGUAGCACUUACUUUCACAUGACCAUUGGGAACCUUGUCAAGGGGAACAAGAUUCUUUGUGAGACCUCACUGGGCUACAAGAUGGAUGAUCUUUUAACUUCCUACGUUAACAUGUACGUCAAGGAGAGGAAAGGAGGACGGCCAAGACAUCAGCGCGUCCCUGCGUGAAGUCUGCUGAAGCAUGGAGGAAGCGAGCAUAAAAGAGUUCCGUAAUGUGCUGCCAAGCUGAAGGCUUGUGAUGUUAAUUUCUAUGUAAGCUCUCUAUCGGUAGUGCCCCAUUUGGCUAUUUCUUAAAUUGAUUAACGUAAGCAAUGGGGUAUUUGUAAAUAUUAUGUUAGAGGUUACUACCGCUGAGAAAGUCUUAAGUGUGGAUGUACUGUUUAAAUACAGGAACUGCAUGAAGAUUUGUUCUGAGAUGAAAACCCCGGUAUCCAUUACAUGCACCAAUGACUGAAAUUUUGCACCUCAGCUGAGUUACCUAACUUCUGUUAGGGCCAUGCAGCUUCACUGAUUGUACAAUGAAUCCACUUCAUAUUAUUGUGAAAGAUUCCUUUUGUGAUCAGUCUGCCUUCACCAUUGAAGACUGAAAUCCAAAUAGUAAUUAUCUAUAUAGUCAUUUGAGUGAUUUUUAAAAUGUAAUUUAUAUUUUAAUAUGAUUCAAGUAAGGUUCAAUUUACGUUGAAACCUAUGUGUGAUCUGACCAAACUAUAAAAAAUAAGGUUAACUUAUGGUGAAAUUA